AUGUUGGAUUUCUUUCGUCGUUCAAACAUUUCUUUACUGCUCUAUGUAUUUGCCUUAUCCAGUCUGUCAUUAAUUGAGGUAAGUGAUCUUUCUUUCUUUUUGUGUGGUGUUGAUUACUAUGUCCACUAUCUAUCUAUCUAUCUAUCUAUCUAUCUAUCUAUCUAUCUAUCUAUCUAUCUAUCUAUCUAUCUCAGUCUGUUCAUUAUCUAUCUAUCUAUCUAUCUAUCUAUCUUUUCAUAUUUAUCUAGGUAUAGUGAUAUCUAUCUAUCUAUCUAUCUAUCUAUCUAUCUAUCUAUCUAUCUAUCUAUCUAUCUAAAAAAAAAAACAGGUAAAUGCAUAAAUAUUAUCGAUGUACAUCUGCCUAUUGAUAUCUAUCUAUCUAUCUAUCUAUCUAUCUAUCUAUCUAUCUAUCUAUCUAUCUAUCUAAAUUUGUUCAUAGCUCCUAUUAUUUGUCAAUCUUUCUAUCUAUCUACCCCGUCUGUUCCUAAUCUAUCUAUCUAUCUAUCUAUCUAUCUAUCUAUCUAUCUAUCUAUCUAUCUCAUUCAUUCAUAUCUACCUAUUUAUCUAAAUUUGUUCAUAUACUCUACUAUCUUUCUAUCUAUCUAUCUACCCUGCAGAAACCCCAUCCAUGACUGCAUUAAUUUCUUUGACUAUGUGGCCUUUGAAAUAUGA